AUGACGACUCUGAAUAACCUUGUUGCACGUUCGCACGUGCAAGCUUGUCAGGAAAAACUCUUCAAUCAUCGCGAAAAGACGGCCGAGACGGCAAAUAUGAGCGGCACCACUAAGGGGGAGAUGUGA